UAUAAGUCUGCAACAUACCACAAUCCUUGAUUUUCCAGAAUGUUUAUUUAUAUAAGCCGCGAGCAAUGCAUAUCUUAUGUAUAAACAAACACGAAAAAAGCCAUGGAUUUCAUCACACUUUUCUCCCUAGGAUUAGUAUUCAUCCUCAUCUUAAUGACAGCUGUCCAAACGAUCUCCACAAGGGGCAAAAAGCUUCCCCCCGGCCCCACUCCGCUGCCCCUCAUCGGCAACCUCCACUUGCUCGGCGACCAGCCCCACAAGUCCUUGUGCCGUCUAGCCAAGACUCACGGCCCACUCAUGUACCUCCGCCUCGGCUUCAUAAACACCGUAGUGAUUUCCUCUGCCGAAAUGGCUAAGGAAGUAUUGCAGAAGCAUGACCUGGCCUUUUCCAGCCGGUCGAUUCCGAAUGCUAUACACGCCCACGAUCAGUUCAAGUACUCCGUGGUGUGGCUUCCGGUGGGGCCCAGGUGGCGCAGCCUACGGAAAGCCCUCACUGCCAACAUGUUCUCCAGCAGCCGCCUCGACUCCGGACAGAAGCUCAGGUGCAGAAAGGUGCAGGAGCUCGUCGACUACUGCCGGAGCGGUGAGGUGGUGGAUGUGGGGCGGGCGGCGUUUAGGACUUCGUUGAAUUUGCUGUCCAGCACUAUUUUCUGCAAAGAUUUGACGGACCCUUUUUCGGAUUCGGCCAAGGAAUUCAGGGAUCUUGUGUGGAAUAUCAUGGUGGAGGCGGGCAAGCCUAAUCUCGUGGAUUUUUUUCCGAUUCUGGGAAAAUUGGAUCCACAAGGUGUAAGACGACGAACGACGGUUCAUUUUGGAGAGUUGCUUUAUCUUUUUGGUGGUUUGAUCGAUGAAAGACUCGAAAAGGGAAAGUCCGAUCAAAAUGCUGAUGUAAUGGACGUGCUUCUCGCCGCCUGGAAGGAGAAUCCAGAAGAAAUUGAUCGGACUCACAUCGAACGCAUGUGCUUGGACUUAUUUAUCGCCGGAACUGAUACAAGCUCCAGUACAGUGGAGUGGGCUAUGGCGGAGGCUCUAGCAAACCCAGAGAUCAUGAAGAAAGCCAAAGCGGAGCUCGAGGAAAUCGUCGGAAAAGGAAAAGUUCUAGAAGAAGCAGACAUCUCACGCCUCCCUUACCUCCGAUGCAUGGUGAAGGAGACACUCAGGCUCCACCCGCCGGUGCCGUUCCUGAUCCCGCGCAGGGUGGAGGAUGACGUGGACGUUUGCGGCUACACGGUGCCGAAGAACUCGCAGGUGCUGGUCAACGCCUGGGCGAUCGGAAGGGACGCCGGAAUAUGGGAGAAUCCGCUGGAAUUCAAACCGGAGAGGUUCGUCGGAUCGGAAGUUGACGUGAAGGGAAGGGAUUUCGAGCUAAUCCCGUUCGGCGGGGGGAGAAGGAUAUGCCCUGGAUUGCCGCUCGCCGUGAGAAUGGUGCCGAUGAUGGUGGGAUCGCUUCUGAAUUCGUUCGAUUGGAAGGUUGAAGAAGAGAUUAUUGACAUGGAAGAGAAAUUUGGAAUUACGUUGCAGAAGGCUCGUCCUCUGCUAGCUAUCCCCAUUCCUCUGUUCUGAAUUCCCUAAUUCCAAUUUUCCAUUUUUUCUGAUUUUUUGGAAUGAAAAUUGGAAUAUACCCCAGAGCGGGAUUUCGAUUUU